AUGGAAGAACGUCAGGCCAAAGCUGAUUUCCUACGCACCAAAAUUCCUGAAUAUAGAAAGAAUAAGCCAGGAUUCGAGGAGACUGACCUAUUGAUCGACGACAUACUUGAGGAGUAUGACCAGAGAUGGCCACUGUGCGAGUUCCUUUGGCCUGAUUUCGAUGUCGAAAAAGAUACCCCCAUCUCAUAUGCAAUGGGCAUAGAACUGUGCAAAGCAUCGUGUACAUAUCAAGUGCUUCUUGCUGUGGGAAAUGCAAAAGAUAGUCAAGAAAGAGCUGCGCGAGACUGUCGGACGACACCUAAGAUUCUCCAGUCCUCGGAAAGCACAGUCAGCAUGCAUAAAAGAUGUCAAUCAGAGGCUCUUGUGAUGUUACUAUCAACGCUCAAUCUGUCCUCCGCCGACCGUGCUAAACUAGCUUCAAACCUUCUCUUUGACAGUGCCGAUAAAGAUCUUACUUCGGACACCGCGGAUUCACAGACAGCCACAGCAGUGUCUUCAGUCACUGGUGAAUCUCUCGCUGAAAACUCUAUCCCCACCUUCUCUGUUGCCAAAGCAAACUCCGCCCUCACCGCUGCUGCCAAAGCAAACUCCACCCCUACUGUCAUUGUAGAUGGAGUGGACAAAGGUGCUGAGAUGGAUGCUGCUCUGGCUACCGGCAGUGUUCUCAACGUGUACAAGGGCACGUACUUCAAUGUCCCUGUGGAUCCUAAAGCCGGAGUGAACCUCUACUACAUCACAAAAAGCCGAAAACUUGGAGUCUUCUCCGGAUGGAACAGGACUGGCCCUUGGGUCUCCGGUGUGCGUUGUGCAUUGUAUGCUAAGACAGACUCUCUGGAGGAAGGCAUUGCGAUUGUCAAGUCUGCGAUUGAGGAUGGCACUGCUGUCAGGCUGCCACCCACAACUGUGUCCUGUGAAGAAGUCGAAGGCAUUCGGUUUGGAGCUUGCCUGAGCAAGGACCAUCGAGAUCUGCCACGGAGUGUACAAGCACCUCAGCAUUCUUGGCUAAUUCUCGUGCUUCCGUUAAUUCUCCCUCCAAACGAGGCAUUAAACUUCGGGACGUUUUCAAUUGACACAAUCAAGAGUCUAUUCUUCCCAUCUGGUUAUCCGCCUGUGUACCUGCAAGCUCAUUUCCCGCAGCUCAAGCAGCUGAAGAACUUCUUCAAGGGCGUUUCUGACGACAUUCGUGCACUGGACCUCCGCCUAGAUUCCCCGCAGUUCAAGCAGCUGAAGAACUUCUUCAAGGGUGUUUCUGUCACACUUGUCGAUGUUCGUGCACUGGACCUCCACCUAGAUUCCCCGCAAUUCAAGCAGCUGAAGAACUUCUUCAAGGGUGUUUCUGUCACACUCGUCGAUGUUCGUGCACUGGACCUCCGCCUAGAUUCCCCGCAGCUCAAGCAGCUGAAGAACUUCUUCAAGGGCGUUUCUGUCACACUCGUCUCUAUUAGCAGGCCGAUGUUCGUACACUGGACCUCCGCCCUAUUACUUGCACUCAUAGUUGAAGUAUCUACAGGUCUCUGGCUCAAACACAUCAGCUUCUCAGGACAUUUCAGGACGUUGCACUUCUCAAGAAGUGGCUUCGUGAAAGUCUUAAUCUACCCCCUUGUCCACAGGACUCGAGUAUUCACGCACAGCCAACGCGACAUGCUUAAGACAUUUCUGUCUGGGUUCACACUUGUUCGUUCCGGCUCAUUGGAGGAGCAAGAAACUUUUUGGGAGAACCUCUUUUCCCAGUGGUUCGCAACUUGGCCUGAACGCGUGGUUCACUUUCCCAAUAUACCAGACGAUCAAGAGUUGUCCAGCUUACAACAGUCAUUGCUCAAUCAUUCCAUUCAACAUCGUCAACGUCGUAUCAAAUAUUUUAUUCACAUGAAUGUAUUAUACAGAGAGAUGCGCUUGGAAAAGCCUACGUUGAAGGAUUUUUUUCGUGUCAAGAAGCAGACUUAA